AUUAUAAAAAUAAUUAAAUAAAAAGAAAAGAAAAAAGUUUCUCAGAAAACAUAAAGUGCAACAUAUGUGUAUGUUUGAAGUCUACUCUUUCACCCAGGAAUAAUAUCAUUAAAACACCCUACACAUAAUAAACUUGCAUAUAUUUAUGGCAAUUGCUUUCUUACUCUGAACCCUAAAUAAGGACAAGAAAAAAAAAAAAAGUUCCUUUUCUUUAGUGAGAAAAAAAGUUUAGCAGUGAAACGUUUGCAAUCGUCUAAAACAAAACUGUGUGGCAGUAAGGUGGUGGUGUUGUUGUUUCUCUGCGGUUGUAAUAACUGUCUUUAGGCACACGCACACGUGCAUCAACACCAUUACAAAGUCAAGUGUGAAGUGAAAUUAGUUCAAUCGAAAUAAAUUUGCUUUUGCUGCCGGUUGUUGUAAUUCAAUGAGCGUUUCGAUGUCACUCGUACAAGGUGGAGCUGCUGGCGGUGCACCACAAGGUGCUAUACUUGCUGCUGCCGCCCCCUAUUAUCAACCGCCAGCAGUGCCGCAGGAUGUACAACCGGAUCGCCCCAUCGGCUACGGUGCCUUCGGUGUUGUCUGGGCGGUCACAGAUCCACGAGAUGGACGACGUGUAGCUCUUAAAAAGCUACCAAAUGUUUUUCAAUCCCUGGUUUCAUCGAAACGUGUUUUCCGUGAAUUAAAAAUGCUUUGUUUUUUCAAACAUGAAAAUGUCUUAUCCGCACUUGACAUUUUACAACCACCUCAUCUGGAUUUCUUCCAAGAAAUAUAUGUGAUAACUGAACUUUUACAAUCAGAUCUCCAUAAAAUUAUUGUUUCGCCACAACAUUUAAGCGCUGAUCACAUUAAAGUGUUCCUCUAUCAAAUAUUACGUGGUCUCAAAUAUCUGCAUUCAGCUCGAAUACUGCAUCGUGACAUCAAACCCGGUAAUUUGCUUGUCAACUCGAAUUGUGUUCUGAAAAUAUGUGAUUUCGGUUUGGCACGCGUUGAAGAACCCGAUCAAACGAAGCACAUGACUCAGGAAGUCGUCACGCAAUACUAUCGUGCACCGGAAAUUUUAAUGGGCGCACGUCACUAUUCAACGGCCGUAGACGUGUGGUCGGUGGGUUGCAUUUUCGGUGAACUAUUGGGACGCCGUAUACUAUUUCAAGCUCAAAAUCCCGUACAACAAUUGGAUCUCAUCACAGAACUGCUAGGUACACCUUCCAUGGAGGAUAUGCGUCAUGCAUGUGGUGGUGCUCGUUCACAUAUGCUAAGACGCGCCCCAAAACUGCCUUCAUUUUCAGCUCUUUACACUUUAAGUUCACAUGCCACUCAUGAAGCGGUACAUUUGCUCUGCCAAAUGUUGGUAUUUGAUCCUGACAAACGCAUUUCGGUGACAGAUGCUUUAGCUCAUCCGUACUUAGAUGAAGGACGCUUGCGUUAUCAUUCAUGCAUGUGUAAAUGUUGCUUUACCACACCGGCAGGUAUUCGUCAAUAUACAAAUGAUUUUGAACCAUCGGCUGGUCAAUCGUUUGACGAUUUGUGGGAACGCAAGCUGACAUCAGUACAACAAGUUAAAGAGGAAAUGCAUAAAUUUAUAGCCGAACAAUUGCAAACAGGUCGGGUCCCGCUUUGUAUAAAUCCUCAAAGUGCAGCAUUUAAAAGUUUCGCCAGUUCAACGGUAGCGCAUCCUUCCGAAUUGCCGCCAUCGCCACAUCAAUGGGAAUGACGGCAAAAUGAGGCCAUAGCCGCCUAAAAAUAGAUUUCUCACAACAAGAGAAAACAAACUUUACCUAUACUGCACUAAAUAGAUCAACCAACACCACCUACAUUAAAACAAAUCAACAAACAUUAUAUAUAUAUAUACAUAUAUAUAUACAUGUAUAUGUGUAUAUAUAUAUGUAC